AUGUCCCCCGCCGCUGAACCCACGCCAUUGCGGCGCCUGUCGCACAUUGAGCACUUCUCGUCCACGCGCCACCACAUUGGCAUCUACCGCUGCGUCACGGUGACCUGCAGGUAUCAAGCAAACGCUUCGUCAGCUGCGCAAGCCCAAUUGGAUACGGCCAAGCUGUAUCCGGCUCUUGCAACCGUCGUCGCCGCCCAGCCUAUGCUCCGCGUCGGCAUCUUGGGCCAGGACACUAACAAGGCCCAUUUCUCUCAUCUGAAGGAAGUUGACCUGCGCAACCACGUCUUCUUCAAGACUCUUGCGUGCGAAUCGGCGGAAAAGUACGAGGCGCUCGUCGCUGAGCAGCAGGGAUGGCACCACGAUCAGCUGUGGCCGGACCUUGAGACGCGGCCGCCAUGGCGCCUGGCGGUCCUGCAACCCGGACCCGACAUCAACCAAGAAAUCCAGUCCGUUGACCUUGUCUUCGCGUUCCACCACUCCCUCAUGGAUGGGACCAGCGGUAGAAGGUUCCAUGAGCUGCUCUUGGCUGCGCUGAACGACCCGUCCCAGCCAUCCUGCAGCUCUCCUGAUGCGCCUCAUCUGCUCUCAUUCCCAAACGCCCCCAAGCUCCCAGAGGCGCAAGAGGAUGUCAUUCCCUUCACCAACAGCAUUCCCUAUGUGGCCAAGACGCUUUGGACCGAGCUCGGCCCCGACAUGCUGAAGCCGCGCAAGAUUGUCCCGUGGCACGGCAAAGCCAUUGACUUCAGCAUACCGCACAAAACUCGCGUGCGCCCCGUCGACAUCCCGCACGAGGUCAUUGGCAGCCUCCUCAAAGCUUGCCGAGAGCAUUCGACAACCCUCACUGGCUUGUUCCACGCGCUGACGCUCGUGUCCUACGCACGCAAUCUCGCAACUGACGAGGCCAAAUCGUUCGCUGCCAGCACGCCCAUCAAUCUGCGCCCAUACUUUGGCCCCAACGCCGAUCCCGAACUCAAGGACCUUCUCCGCUGUCUCAUCACCAGCUUCUCGCAUGAGUAUUCGGCAGAAGCGGUCGCCGCCGUUCGCCGACCCGAAACAGACCUCGACGCACUCAUUUGGCAGAAUGCAAAGCGGAUCAAGACGGAGCUCGUCGAGAGGCUCGCCACUCUGCCCAAGGACGACAUAAACGGCCUCCUAAAAUACGUAGGCGACUGGUUCGACUUUUGGGAGAAGAAGAAGGGCAAGACUCGCUCCGAGUCAUGGGAAGUGAGCAACAUUGGCGUCUUGCCGAGGCCGCCACCCGACGCGACAUGGGCCAUUACGCGGCUGCUCUUCACCAACGGCUCCAUGGUCGCCGGCCCUGCGCUGGGCGUUAACAUUGCGAGCGCCGAGAAGGGCAUCCUCACGGCUGGGAUCUCGUGGCAAGAUACGGUCGUCCCCGAUGAGCUGGUCGACAGCCUGGAACGGGACCUCAAGGCGUACACGCAGCGCCUCCACGAGACGGGCAAAUUCGGCGCAUAG